AUGCGGAAAGUCACCCCAGGGGAUGUGCUGCAGGCUAGGCAGAAGGGACUAAGACCUCUGGCUCUGGGAGAGAUCGAUGUCACAUCCAUCCCGUACUCCGUACAAAGUCCUCGAGAGCAAGGGACAGGUGGGCGGGCACUGCGAUGGGCCGGGUCUGGGGCAGGCAAACCGGUCAGGCAGCUCCGGAGACUCACAGCCUUUAAGUCACAGGAGCUGGUAAAGCAGCUUGGCCGCCGGACAGGGAGCUGGGGCCGAGAGGCCGCCGUCAGACCCCCAAAUGAACCCAGUUCUGAAUGUCAGGUAUCCCCAGUUGCUCGCCUGCUCCCUAACUCUUGCCCACAGAGGCUUCAGGCCUCCCGCCACCCACAGCGCUCCUCCCUCAACACUGGCGGUAGUGGUGUGCUGAGGAGUAGAGAUCUCCUGAAGCCCAGAGUCACCACCAUGCAGCAAUACCAGGUCCAUUUUGCCAAGGGUGCCCUGCCUCCCCGUGUCCCGGCUGAGGGCUACUUCAUGGACCCGGAGUUGGGGUACCAGAGAGGAUCCCGUCACCAAUGGCACCAUGACUCAGCAGCCCCUCAAGCCCACAGGCCCAGUCAGUUGACCCCCCAGGCCCGCUGGCAGCUGGCUUACCAUGGCCCACGGGGGGGCAACGGUGGCUGGCGUUGGUGGCCCCGGCCCCUUGUCCCGCAGCAGCCGCAGCCCUCACCCCCCAGCCCCCUGCGGCAGCGGCUCUGCCCCAUCCAUGGGGCCCGGAGGGGACUGCCUGCAGCCGCCAGCGUCCCCCAGCCGCCCCCCGCGCCCAUCACUUCACCCACCACCUCACCUACCAGCGCACCCGCCAUGGUCAGCAGCGGCCCAGCCCCACCCGCAGCAGCCGGCAUUCUCCUGGAGCCCAGCCAGCCCACAGAAGCCCGGCCCCUGCCUGCCCCAGCAGCCUGCGGCCCCUUCACCUCCUACAGCUCCGACAUUAUGACAGAGGAUGACGUCUACUGCAGCUGCUUGGCCAAGACCCUGUGCCACGUGCCUGUCCCUGUGACUGUGGGUUUCUAUGCCCCCUUCGGCUGCCGCCUGCACAUGAUGCUAGACAAGAUCACCUCGCUGAUGCAGCAGGAGGCGACGCAGCGCGAGUUCGAGGAGCUGCAGCGCGUGCGCUGGCGGCCACGGCAGGUGAGUGGUUGGGGCUUCCCGCAGCUGCUAUGGUACCUGGUAUUCCUGCAGCCCCUCAUCACCGAGGUGCACCUGCGGCGCAAGAACGUGCAGUUCCUCUUCAUCCGCUUCAGCGCCUGGCAGUAUGCGGGCACCGACAAGCUGUGGGCCGGCCUGGUGACAACGCUGUGCGAGGGCAUCCGCCAUCACUACGGCGCGCUGCCCUUCAGCGUGUACUCGGUGCUGGGCAAUAAGCCGGCCACAUCGCCGGACUUCUGCCAGCGCGAGUGGCACUGCCGGCGCCGUGUGUGCCUGGCGUUGGUGGCGCUGCUGGCGGCGCUCUGCCUGGGCGUGGGCCUACUCUACCUGUCCCUGGGCGGCCACGCGCCGGGUCACGCAGGCGCCAGUGGCAGCUUGCUCAAAGUGUUUGGUGGCGCAGCCACCACGUUGUCGGGCUCGGGGCUGCUCAUGGCCGUGUACUCGGUGGGCAAGCAUCUGUUCGUGAGCCAGCGCAAGAAGAUCGAGCGGCUGGUGUCGCGCGAGAAGUUCGGCAGUCAGCUGGGCUUCAUGUGCGAGGUGAAGAAGGAGGUGGAGCUGCUCACCGACUUCCUGUGCUUCCUGGAGAUCUACCAGCGGCGCCGACUGCGCGUCGUCCUCGAGGUCACCGGGCUGGACACGUGCUACCCCGAGCGCGUGGUGGGCGUACUCAACGCCAUCAACACACUGUUGUCCGACAGCCACGCGCCCUUCAUCUUCAUCUUGGUGGUGGACCCCAGCAUCCUGGCCGCCUGCCUGGAGAACGCGGGGAACAUGAAGGGCACGGCUGACAAUGGCUACCUCUUCCUCAACCGCACGGUCACACUGCCCUUCUCGGUACCCAUCAUGGGCCGCCGCACUAAGCUGCAGUUUCUGCACGACGCUGUGCAAAGCCGCGAUGACCUACUCUAUCGCGAGAUUACGCGCAAGCUGCGGCUGCCUGGCGCGGCCCAGAGCGGUGUGGAUGGCGCCGAGGGCGCGCAGCUGUUGGCUGUUGAGAUGCAAGCGGGCGCUGAGCGCGCCCAGAGCCGCAUUGAUGCCGAGGCGGCGCGCCGUAUUCAGGAGGCGCUCUUGUGCCUGCACGACGAGCGCGACUGCCUUUACGAGUUUGUGCCCGACAACGUGGUGUCCAUGCGGCGCAUCGUCAACACCGUGCCCAUUACCGUGCGCCUGCUACAGCAGCAGCAGCUGCAGGGCGACUUUGGGGGGCCCACGCCGCGCCAGGCCGUAGCUUGGGUCGUGCUAGCUAACCAGUGGCCAUGUCGCCUCAGUUGGGUGCUUCAGUGUUUGGAGGACAGGCAGCAGGUUGGGGGCGCCCCCGAGGGACGCGCGCGCCUCUGGGACGUGUUCUGCGACAACAGCCGCGAGCUGCACACCAUGACCAAAGAGUUGCAGAAUGUGCUCGACCUGGAUGGCGACCCGGAGCUCUUCGAGCGCUUCCUAGGCGCCGACUUCCCCUUUACGGUAGCCGAGGCACAGAGCCUGCUGCGAUGCACGGUCAACCUGGACCACUCUAUUCGCCGCCGCAUGGGCCUCAUUCGGGCUGUUAGGACACUGAAGCCUCCCAGCCCGCCCAGGUCUCCUGCACGGGAUACUGCCCACGCCACCAACGGAGCCGCCAACAGAGCCACCACCGCUGCUGGGGUGCCCCCGUCAGGCCAUACCAACAGAGCUAAUCAUACCUCCGCAUCACCCCCACCUGGACACAACGCAGGACACGCCUCUGGGCAUGCCAGCAACACCCGCUCACCCCAGGACUGUGCCAAAGGGGGCAAGUCUAGACCCCUAGCCUAA